UCUUGUUAUUUGGGGCCUUUUUUCUUGUUUUUGGGGGCUUUGGGCAGGGAACAAUAUAGCUCCAAAAAUUAGCAGAGAUAAAAUUUCAAAGCUCGAAAGACUGAAAGCAAAGAAUGAAGAAGGCGAUGAAGAAGUCAGAUAUUAGCUUGAGGAGCUGUUCAACCCGAAAAAGAAAGAAGAUUGAAACUGAUGAUGAAAAGGGUAAGAACAAGAAAGUAAAGACUCAAACUUUAAGUCAUGAAACCCUAGAACAAGGUGGGGAUGAGAGUGCUAAAGCUAUUAGGUCAGAUAUGAGCUUAAAGAGUUGUUCAAUUAGUGAAAGAAAGAACAAUGGGUCUAAGGAUGAAAAGGGUAAGAAGAAGAAGAAGAGUAAAAAGAAGAAGAAGAAAAAGGGUUCAUACAUGGUUAAUUUAUCAGGAUUGAGGUUUGGGAGGUUUUUAAGACGAAAAAAGAAAACAACUCAGUCUUGUGUUAAUGAUUCUGGACCACAGUGGGUGGUGCAAAAACAUCCCCAGGCAGUUAGAAAGGGAGAUAGGGUCAAUUUACAGCAACUUCUGUUUACGAGGGACAGGGAUUUUCUCAUCACUUAUAAUAACCGCCGGGUCCAAGCUAAGCACCUGGAAAACAAAGUUAUUGUCUUACAUUUUGUGCCACUUGUUCCGUGGUCCGAAUAUUGGAUGAGAUUUGAAACAACAAUCUUGCUGGAUGUAUACAAUGCUUUGCUCCCUAAAGGUGAUUUCGAGGUCGUUUUCAUUGGAGUUGAGCUCGAUACUGCUAAUGCGGCCUCCAACUGUCCUACUCCAAGGGAAUGUUUUGAAAAUAAAUUUUCUAUCAUGCCGUGGAUUGGGAUCCCGUUCUCAGAUGUCAAAUCCAGCACAGAUUGGGAAACAGUAUUUCCCCUCUCUGGUUUUCUUACCCGUGAUACUCCGGCCUCAUUUGUCAUCGAUCAUACAGGAAUGGUUUUGCAAUGUAACGCCAACGAUAUCUUUCAUAUGUAUGGAGCCCGUGCUUAUCCUUUCACUGAUAAAAGGAUGGAAUGCCUUUUAAAGGAAGACGCUGAAGCUCGAAACCAUCCCUCCAUUACAAAGCUCCUAGCUUCUUCUGAACGUAAUCAUCUCAUUAACAAGGAUAAUCAGGCGGUACCUAUUCAUAAUCUCGAAGAUAAGGUUGUAGGCAUAUAUUUUUAUGAAGAUUAUCCAAACCACGCACUUACGUCGGAAAUUCAGAAGGCCUAUGAACAGUUGGCUCAGAAGAAUAACUUUGAAAUCGUGCUUGUUUAUGUUCACGACUCAUUUGCUACUUGUGAACGUACAAGCGAAAAAUCAUACUGGAAAACGUUCAAAAAAAUGCCUUGGUUGGCACUCCCGUUUCAAGACCCUGUUUGUAAAAAGUUGCAGCGAGUUUUUGAUUAUCCUUUGUAUACUUGUGAGGAUGAGGAUGGGCCAGACCAUAGCCUUGUAAUUAUUGGACCGCAAGGAAAAUUUGUUGAACUGUACGGCGCUGACAUAUUAAAAAAUUAUGGUAUCGCAGCAUAUCCAUUCACCCAAAAAAGAGUUGCUAAGUUAGAGGCCGAACGCAUAAAGGAGUUGAAGCUAGACAUGUUCUGGAGCCGAAAGACUACAUUGAUACAAAAAAAUGGGUCCACAGUUCAGUUAUCGCAACUCGAGGGAAAGAGAAUCAUAGUCAUUGUUGAGGAUGAUCAGCAUAUUCCGGAUGCCAAGUUUUGGCGGAUGCUAAAAGCAAGGUAUCUCCAAGUGAAAGGCACUGAUAAUGAGUUUGAAGUGGUUCACAUAUGUAAAAACAAGGAAGGAUAUUCAUAUGGUAAGAACAUUGCGCCUAUUUCAUGGCUGAGACAUCCUUCUCGGCAUCCUUCUCAUCGAUACGGGUUAAAUGUACUCAAGAUCUUGAACCGUGUAUUUAGAAGAGGAAGUGUUGUUGGACUUCUUGCUUUUGAUCGUGAUGGAAGGCUUGUGAGGAGAACACCGUAUCCAUCAAUUUUAAAGGAGAAUGUAGAUUUUCCUUUUGGUGUCAUGGAAGAGGAGUUCUUGAGGGAACUAGUAGAUCGUGAGCUUGACUAUUAGGCUUGUGGAAUUGUCCUAAAAACCUUAAUUUUUGUGUGUAACAUAUAUUGGCAUUCAGACUCGUGGAUUAUCUUAGAUAUCGUCCUCUUAUAUAUUCUCUACUCAAGCUUCUGUAAGUUAAGAAGUCAGUUCAGCUUU